AGCUUCCUGACCCAGACACUUAAAGCAGCUGCCCGAGCCGCGGGAGCGGCAGAAGCGGCAGAAACAGCCGCAGCCGCCUCGUCGCCAUUGCCGGGGCAUCGGCUAGGACAGUCUACUUUCCGGCGUCCCAGUGUCCGUCAAGAUGCGCUGUAAGCUGCUGCUUCUCCUCGCAGCGGGGGCUUUCUUUCUAGCCCCCGGGGCUUCCAGUUUGCCCUCUGUUUCUGCAGAAGAGAAGUUUCAUUUUCAGUCAUGGAUGAAGCAGCACAACAAGAAAUAUGAUAUGCUGGAGUAUCGUCGAAGGCUACACAUUUUUCUUGAAAGAAAGAGAAUGAUUGACAAACACAAUGCCGGGAACCACUCAUUCACAAUGGGACUGAACCAGUUUUCAGAUAUGACCUUUGAUGAAUUCAAAAAGACUUAUCUUAUGAGAGCACCUCAAAAUUGCUCAGCUACUAAAGGCAGCCAUGUUCGACAUGUUGGUCCAUACCCAGAAUUUAUGGACUGGAGAAAGAAAGGAAAUUAUGUCUCACCAGUAAAAAACCAGGGUGGAUGUGGCAGUUGCUGGACUUUUUCUACUACUGGGGGACUAGAGUCAGCUGUUGCCAUAGCAACUGGAAAACUACUCUCUCUGGCAGAACAACAGCUAGUGGACUGCGCUCAGGCUUUUAACAAUCAUGGAUGCAAUGGGGGUCUCCCAAGCCAAGCUUUUGAAUACAUAAUGUAUAAUAAAGGAAUUAUGGGAGAAGACACAUAUCCUUAUAAAGGAAAGGAUGGCACUUGCAAAUUCCAACCAAACAAAGCCAUUGCUUUUGUUAAAGAUGUGGUCAACAUAACAAUUUAUGAUGAAGAAGCUAUGACUGAAGCCGUGGCCAACCAUAACCCUGUCAGUUUUGCUUUUGAAGUGACUGAAGACUUUCUAAGCUACCAUAAAGGCAUAUAUUCAAACCCUAAGUGUCAUAAAAGUCCAGACAAAGUGAAUCAUGCAGUGCUUGCAGUUGGGUAUGGAAAAGAAAAUGGAGUACCUUACUGGAUUGUGAAAAACUCUUGGGGUACAUACUGGGGGAACAAUGGGUACUUCCUUAUUGAGCGUGGAAAGAACAUGUGUGGUCUUGCUGACUGUGCAUCUUAUCCAAUCCCACAAAUGUAAUCUGGAAAUACAUAGGGAUGGGCAAAGAUGGAGAGGAGAAAAGGGCAUUAUGUGCUGAAAUACAACAUAUCAUAAAACCUAAGAGAAUGACCCCUGAGUUUUAAGUUGGCCAUGAGGAUCCAGAAUUAGUGGGUAGCUGUGAAGUCUCUUGACCUUCCAUUUCACUUGAGAAAAAGCCCUUAGGGAAGUCAGCUUUGUGGAACAGAAAGUUUUCAAAUCAUUUCUGAUCUCUUGUAACAUCAAUCUAGCAAUGCUGCCAAGGAGGAAUUCAUCCUUUUUCUUACCUUGCUGAAUGAAGCUCUUAGUAAAACAAGGACACUAAGUAGCAAACUGUUCCCCAGAGAUUUUGACACAAGCAUUUAAGUGAGUCAAGAGAUAAUAAAAGCACUACUUUUUUUUACAUGGAAAACUAUACAAUGUUAUAGUGGUUGGGCAGCUAGGUGGUGCAGUGGAUAAAACACCGGCCCUGGAGUCAGGACUCCCUAAAUUCAAAUCCGGCCUCAGAUACUUGACACUUAACUAGCUGUGUGACCCUGGGCAAGUCACUUAACCCUCAUUGCCCUGCCCCCCCCCCAAAAAAAAAACCAAUGCUAUAGUGGUCAUUUCAUUCUCAGGUAAUUUUUAUUCUUUUGAUAGCAAAUGUCUCUUUUUAAAAAUCAAAUGUGUUUUAAAGCAGUAUAUGAUUUUUUAAAACCUAUUUUUGCCAUGUGCUAAUUGCUAUUUUUUAAAAAUAUGUUUUGAAGAUGUCUUUUUUGAUUGACUGGAUACACAUUAGAUUUGAAAUCAUUUUGAUUUAGAGCCAUUUGAAUAAAGGGUAAAAUUUCACUCAGCUGAAAUUGAGGAAACCUGACCAUUGAGUCAGCUUCCUUUUGAGCAGGCCUUAGAACUGCUUACUGCCUAUUUCUCAAGUUGUGUAAAGUAAGGGAGAUGCAUGGGAUAAAAUGAAACAUUAUGUGGACCUCUUCAGAAUUCUGCCUGCAUAAUUUUCAUUUGCCUUACUACUUACGCAGCACAACAAUGACACCCAGGAAUUCAAAACCAAAAUGUCGUUUUAUUGGGACUGAGAUGCUAUUGCAUAUAAAUAAAUUGAAUAAAGAGACUUGACUAUUUCACAA